CGGUCAGUGGACUAACAGUCAAGGCAAACGCAGCAGCACUGCACGUCGUGGAGCGAUGGUGUUCGGAGAAUCGAGACGUUAGUUUACGACACGGCAAAAAAAGAGACACGGACAACAAGGACCCCGCAUCUAACGGAGAAUAUGAGCAAGGAGGAAGCGUCAUGUCGACCCGCUUCUUUGAAGUUCACCAUUGAUAAUAUUCUCAACUCCAAGUCGAGCAGCAGAAACUUUGACAGCUGUCAUUCAAAGACUUCGCUUGUAGUGUGUCGGGAUGGCUGUCUGCAUCAUCCCGGAGAGAGCGAGGGGCCAUGCAAAGAAGAGUCAAGAUUGCACGCCAUUGAUAAAGUCACCAUAGACGGAGAUGGGAGAGUGGGCGCGCUCAAAACCGUCGACGUGCGCAGCGAGAGCACGGACAGCUGCGACGACGCGCAACAAAAGAACAACGGCAAGAAGAAUAAACUGAUGACGAAAAAGAAAACGCGCACUAUAUUUUCAAAAAGACAGAUCUUCCAACUGGAAUCUACGUUUGACAUGAAACGCUAUCUGAGUAGCGCAGAGCGCGCUUGCCUGGCGAACUCUUUACAGCUCACCGAGACUCAAGUCAAAAUCUGGUUUCAGAAUCGACGGAAUAAAUUAAAAAGACAACUGUCUACUGAACUGGAGGGACCGAAUAGCGAUUUCGGUGACAUUGGAAAGACGGUACCGCUCCCAGCUUUAUAUAAAGAGAAUAAUCUUCUCGGAAGGUGCAUGCUUCCAAUGCCUCUGCCAGUCGUGUAUCCUGGAGGUAGCGCGCCUUACUUUUAUUUCUCGAAUGCCAGCAAGUACUUCAGCAUGUUUGAUGGAGAUAUAUGACUUAGAAAAGACCCUGGCGCAAGGGACACAGUUUUCUUAGCUCUUCUAAACAGAACCGACAACACGGCCCAACUUAAAUUUUGAUAAGCAUUAUCUGCCUUUUUGAGUGUUUUGCUGAGAACAUUGUUGAGCUAUUGGUCAGUAAAGAAGCUGGCUUGCAUUUCUAUGCAAAACCUAUUUUAUUUAUUGUAUGCUGUACAAAAUUUUAUAUAAAAAUAACACCUAUACCCCAGCCAUACUGGCAGAAAUGCCAGUGCCAAUCAUCCUGUCCUCGCAGGGCAGGGAAUUAUAACACAAAUGUUUUACAGUUUACAUUAUUAUUAUUAUUAUUAUUACAUCUCUGCCAAAGAUAGAUUAUUGAUGCAUGCAUUUGUAUUUUAAAUGGCCCUCUAAUUUUAAAAUGAGCAAUGAAAACGUAUUUAAGUGAAUGUAUUGGUUAAUUUACAUUUUACGCAUGUUUGUAUGUUUAUUCCUUUUAGAUUUUUAUCGUUUUAAUUCCUUUCCAGCAUAACUUGGCCAAUUAAGUAUAGGCUACCAGUAUUUUAUCGAGUGUCAUUAAAUCUUCUGU